AUGGUGAAUAUAGUAAAAUCAAUAUUUGAUUAUUGUACUUCACUUUUUCAUGUUCAAAAUAUGGAGAAGAAAAUGAUUAACCAUGAAAUUUGCACACCAUAUCAUGUAGAUAUUUAUGGUGCUACCAUUUUUUCUACUCAUGGCAAAAUUAAUCCUUUGGAUUACACUUUUCCUAUUUUCUUGGCUCAAAUCAUCUUGUCAAUAUUAUCCUGCAAACUUGUUUAUUUUGCUCUUGGCCAUUGGAUUAGAUCCAAACUUUUAUGCAAUGUCUUGGCCGGGCUCAUAUUAGGACCAUCCGUAAUGGGUAAAAUCAGCAGUAAAUACAUGGAGACAAUAUUUCCUGAUAAAGACAUGUUUGUAUUCAACACAAUGGUAAAAGUUGGGAUAGGUUACUACUUUUUUAUUACCGCAGUGAAAAUGGACACAGCUAUGAUGUUAAAAACAGCAAAAAACAUACCCGUUUUAGCAAACGGACUAUCCGUAACAUUUUAUUCGAACAUCGCUUCGGCCAUGGAAGAGCACAAUCUUUUAACUACCGAGUUAGGUCAACUCGCUAUGUCUUCGGCGAUGCUCAUCGACUCAAUUGCUUGGUUUCACGUGAUUAUAACCGUUAUUAUGUUCCAAGGAAAUGCUUAUUCCUCGAUCCGGCUUCUAAUUUCCAUGUUUGUAUUCGUACUCAUUCUAAUAUAUAUUAUAAGGCCGGCGAUAGUAAAAAUCAUCAAAAGAAUACCGGAAGGAAGUUGUAUAAGUGAAAAUAUAGUGAUCGGAAUGCUGAUUUCCGCGCUAAUUAUGGGAUUAAUUACGGAAUUAACAUUUGGAGGAUUUUAUCUUGGAACAUUGUUGAUGGGUUUGGUAAUUCCUGAUGGACCUCCAUUAGGGUCAGAAUUAGUAGAAAAAGCAGGGUUUAUGGUGAUGGAAUAUUUCCAGCCAAUGUUUUUUGUUUUAAUUGGGUAUUAUAUUGAUUUUUCUUUGAUGGUUCAUAAUAAGGAAAUUGGGUUGUUGGUGAUGUUUAUUGUUGGAAGUCAUUUGGCAAAGAUUUUGGGGGCUCUAUUUGCUUCAAUUUUUGUUAAAAUAAAUGUUAGAAAUGCUGCUUUGGUUGCUAUUUGUUUGAAUUUUAGAGGGAUUGUUGAUUUGACUGUUUAUGAGAGAUGGCUCAUCAAAGGGGUUAUUGACAAGAGAAUGUUCAGUACAUUGGUGCUAACCAAUAUGUUUCUGACAGGAAUUUACGGAUUUCUCCUUGACAAAUUUUAUAAACCUGAAAUCAGAUUAGCCAAUUCUCCUCCUACACAAAAAUAUUUCAGAACACUUCAAUCAACACCGUCCGAUGAAGAAUUACGAAUUCUUACAAUCAUUCAUAACGAAGAUAAUGUACAUAGCAUCAUUGCAUUUCUCGAAGCAUCAUAUCCGAACGAAACGAGCUCGAUUAAUGUCAACGUAAUCCACGCUGUUGAUCUAGCAGGUCGAUCCGGUCCGAAGAUAACGCCUUAUACUUGCGCUAGCCAUAGAAGAAAAUAUCAAUCUAACACGACACAACAAGUAAUGCGAGCUUUUGCGAAUUACUCGAGAAACUCUAGCGGUCCUGUCUCGAUCCGACCGUUCAUUCUGGCUGCUCCGUUUAAGACAAUUCAUACUAUUAUUUGCAAUUAUGCUGAAGAUAAUUGGAUUCCGUUCAUUAUCGUUCCUUUUGUUGGAGAAAAUGAUCUCGAGGAGAAUAGUAAUAUAAUUCGCGAUUUUAAUGCUCAUCAACUUCAAGAAAAUUCACCUUGUACUGUUGGGAUUUUAGUCGAUAGAGGAUUCCGUUCGCGUAUCAAUCGUGGGGGAUUCUCUUACAAUGUUUUAGUUAUUUUUCUCGGCGGUCCUGACGAUCGUGAAGCCCUAAAACUUGCGAUUAGAAUGUCAGGAAAUCGUGAUGUGAGUAUCAAAAUCCUGAAAUUUAAACUAAUGCAAGAACCCGACGAGAAACCCGACGAACUAGACGAGUUAUUGAUUCAAGAAUUCAAGGUAAAGAACUCUAAUAAAAUUAGUGCUAAUUUUCAUGAAAUUGAAGUAGAAAAUACUUCAACAUUGCUCACAACCGUUGGAUCAUUGGAGAAUAUUUAUGAUCUUAUUAUAGUAGGAAAACUUUCAGGGAAAAUUAAAUCUGUGAAAGAAAUUAUAAAACGAAUUGAUCAUCCAGAACUUGGUGUGAUUGGAGAUGCAAUUAUUAAAUCAGAUUUUGAAGAUUCAAUUUCUGUGCUAGUAAUGCAACAUACUUUAAGAGUUGAUAAAAUUAAUCAACCUAGAUAA